AUGGGUGAUGCGUGUCAAGCAUGUCUUACGAGGGUUCCUCAUGCCACUCUUAUAGCAACGAUAAUGUGCUGUUUGGGCGUGGGGGUAUUUUGUGGUACCAUGUACCGUGGAUCAGCGCUCUCAAUAUUGAUGUUUGACGAAGUUUUUCACUUUCGUUUAAUAUUCAUAGAAGCACUUCAAAUGAUAUUCAUCGUAGGAAGCGCUUGUAUGGCAGCACUAGGUUUCAUGUUGUUAUGUUUGGGAUGUCUUACAACAGGUGCUACAAGACAAAAGGUGUACAGAGCAUGGAGAGCUCGAGUCGGCGGAAGGAUAUCUUGCGCAGUCUUUAUGAUUAUAACGUAUAUUUUAACCUUCAUAUGGCUGAUUCUCUUGGGCUUUUUAGUCAUAACAACAUUCCUAUUUACAAUAUUUUGGAAACUGUGUUCGAAACCGAAAAAUAUCGACUUAUCGACAUGCAUCGAUUUUACCCAAUUUGACUUCAUGUUUCCAUCUUCUGUUAAACAGGAAGACAUGAAAAUUUGCGAAGCGCACAAAAUAAAAGUAUUUUGUAAGGAUUACGUUGAAAAAGCAGAGUUCAUGUUUAUCUUAGCGAUGGUAUCGUGUUUGCUAGUCAUAUUGAGUUUAGUCCAUUACUUGAUGUGCUUAUCGGCUAAUUAUGCUCAUAUUCGAGACCAUGGAAAAUUCCAGGAAUUACAAGAACUUCAGUAUCUCACCAACCCGGACCUACACGCAUCUAAGGACAGAUUCUAGUAUAUGGCUCGCGCACCAUUGUUGCGCUCCCUGGAAGCAUCUACUAAAAUGUGACAUAGCAGUAAAAUAACUGCAUUUUAAAAUGUCAUAAUCGUGUGUUCACUGACUAAACAAUAUCAAAAGACUGACUCAGUGGAUGAUUAAUCCUAGAUUAAACAUAAAGUCAACAUA